AGCAAAUGAUCUAGGGCUCUAAUGUAGGGUUUUAGAUCGAUCGCGCUCCCAUUUGUCACAGCGAUGGCGCCAGAUCGUGGCGCAAAUAGGCGAUUGGAUGUGCGGUCCAAGCCCUUGAAGAAGAAUGGAUUGGAGCGGGCGAGGAAGCAAGCGUCGCUUGGCAGGCAGAUUCGCGACAUUCAGCGCCUGCUGAAGCUGAAUCUCUCGCAGGAAGUGCGGCAGGCCCAGGAGAGCCGCUUGAAGCAGCUCAAGGACAAUCACAAUCCAGGGCUGCAGCCCUCCCGCGUCAAAGUGGAUCGCAACAUCUCCAAACGCUACAAGCAAGUGAAAUUCGUCGAGCGAAGAAAGGUCGAGAGGGGAUUGAGGCGUGCCGAGAAGGAACUUAAGAACGCUCCCGAUGAGAAAUCCAAGGACGAGGCCGCUGCCAAGCUCCAGCAACUAAAGCAAGACCUGGAAUACAUCAAGUUCUUCCCAAAGAGCGAGAAGUACGUCUCUUUGUUCAUGGAGAACGCCGACUCACACGCGAUUGCUCGUCGGGAGAAGUUGCGAGAGACGAUCCGUGCUAAUAUUGCGGCAGCCGCCGCCGCUGGUGUGGAGCUCGAGGAAGAAGAGACUGGUAGCGAGGAAGAGAAUGACUCCGCGGUGGACAUGAGCGAGGAUGACUUCUUUGCGAAAGAAAACAGCGACGAUGGCAAUGACGAGGAGCAAGAGAAUCCCAUAAGUUUGCCAAACACUAGCACAGCGACACAAUCAAACUCAAACCCCGUACAAACGAAACACCAUCAGACUGCGACGCGACCGUCGACACAGAACAAGAGGAAAAUGGAACAGCAUAACGCCACCACCAGCCGUGGAUCCACUGUCCCAGAUGCCACACAGGACCACACAAGAGUGGCAGUGCCUGGGAAUCUAGGAGGAGAGAAAGAGAAACGCAAGAGGAAACGUAAACGUCCCAAAAAGAAAUAAGAAAAGGGAGUACCUCUCACUUGAAUUC